AAAGAGUCGUAGGUAAAUGGAAAUGUCGUAAAAGCGAGAAUCUCACGAGACUUGAAUUUUAAAAAAAAUGGCAGCGCCCAUGAAAAAGUUUGUCUCUGGACUCUCAUUCAUUAAACAGAGGAUUCUUUUGCAGAACUUGAGAAAAAGGGCCAUUGACUUUGGGAAUGUAAAGUAUUGUAGCCAAGCAAACCAUACUUCCACCGAACAAAAUGUCGAAUAUGAAGAGUCAACAGAAGAGUUUAAGCAUGUUGAAAAAUUUCUACAUGCCAAAAUGAUUCCAGAACCUCCUCAACAUGUAGCAUAUCCAACUCCCUCAGGCUGGUUCCCACAGACAGAAGAAGCCAAAAAGCUGCCAUACUUCAUUCACAGAAAUAGGAAUCACAACAUGCCUGUAUAUCUUAUAAAGAAAGGACCACUUGAACGAAUAAAAAUUCUGAAGGUAGAUGGAGACUUGCAGCUAUUUUCUGCCGAUUUAAAGGAAUUUCUGUCCAGAAAACAUCCUUCAAAGGAGCAUUACACUCAAAUCAAUGAAAUCAACAACAAAGUCGUCGUCAGGGGAGAUUAUUUACAAGAAGUGGUGGAAUUUUUGAAGGAGAAAGGAUUUUAAAAUGGCAUUCUAUGUAUCUGUUUCAAAGUUUGUUAAUAAAAUAUUCCAUUCAAUAAA